UACAGACUUUACUGUAUAACAUAAGUUGUUUAGUAAUUUUGAAAUAAUAAUUUUUUAAUAUUUUGGACAUAAAAUAGAUACAGUUUACGUAAAUUAAGGCAUAAAUCGUUAAAGUAUCAUCUUUAGAAAGGAAUAAAAAUUAAAUGGUGCAGUUGGAUGAAGUUAAGGCGAUAAAAUUUCACUUCGUAGAAUGAAAUGAAAUGAAUGUGUUUAAUAUUAAUAAUCAACAAGAUUUAAAUAACAUGGUGUGGAUGAAUAAUACGAAUUCGGGACAAUUCCCAACAAUCUCGUCUGUCACAAGUGGUGGUGGUCAAAAUCCGAUGAUAAUUGAUGAAAACAGCAUUACUUACUACAAUACUCAACAAACUGGACAAGCUAAUCUUGCACAACAGCAAGCGUUAAUGGAAGUUAAUCAGCAGCUUCAAGGAGCUAAUUUUAUAAGUGAAUAUCCAUCUUCAACAUCCACCAUUUCUAAUGCACAGCUUAUUCAGCAGCAGCAAAUUCAAUUGCAACAUCAACAAAUUCAAUUACAGCAGCAAUUAAAUCUAGCGGCUUAUGGAAAUAUUGUUAAUAUGGGAAGUUUAUUAGCUAAUAGUAGCGAUAUUGGAGGUGAAGAAGAUGAUGAGGAGGAGGAAGAAGAAGAAGAAGAUGAAACGGGCGAGCUCGAAGACUAUGAAGAAGAAAAUUCUAAUAGUGAUUAUUCGUUGCAGCAACAACAGCUCUUUUUACUUCAACAACAAGCACAUCUUCAGCAGCAGCAACUAUUAGAACAAAAUAAUAUCCAAUUGAAUGAUGGAAAUUACUUCCUUAUCAAUAAUCCACAUUUAUUUAAUAGUAGCGCAACAUCAGACGAUGGAAGUCCCGUGAUAAUACAACAGAAUCCAAUGCCACAACAAAUAAUAAUGACGAAUAAGCAAGUAACAAUUGCACCAAAUACUGGAAACCUCACAAUAGCUCAGAAAGGAAAUAGCAAAAAGCUUAAAGAGUCGCAUAAAAUAAUGCCUGUUGUGAGACCAGGAUUAAAACUUAAAACUCCAAUAGCAUAUUUCGGCAAUUCAGAUCCUUCCUCAAUUCCAAUCCAGAAAGAUGGAAUGGGUGUUUGUGAGAAAUGUGGAGCUAUUGGUGUUAAACAUGCGUUUUAUACUAAAGAGAGAAGAUUUUGUAGUUUGAGCUGUGCUCGUGGUUUCGAAGAAAUUGCUGGCGAUCAAGCUUUAACAACUGCUGUUUCUACAAUUAAACCUGUAAGAGCAAAACAUCAACAGUCUCAACAGCAACAGCAUCAUCAGACCAAUUACAAAUUUAAAGCGGACCAAAUAAAAGCGGAAUCGGAUGAAAAUGAAAGUAUAAUUAAAAUUCAUUCUCAGCAGCAACCUGUACUUUAUCAAACCGUCAUGCCUCAAGAACCUGUACCGCAAAUCAUAAAGCCAUCAAAUAAUAGUCUCAUUGAAGAUAGACAUAUGAGCAUAACGCGAAGAAAACCGCCUAGUGAAUUUGCAAAUUCAUACGAUUGGAACGAAGUGAUCAAUAAAGAUGACUUCUUUGCAGCGCCUGUUACGAAUUUCACUCAUGCACCAGGUUACGAUCUUUGGUCAGAUAUAAUUGUAGGACUUAAGGUAGAAGUAGAAAAUAGUGAUUUUAAAGACGGCGACAUUCAAUCAAAUCAACAGCCAAUUCCUUUUUGGAUAGCAUCAAUAAUUAAAGUUCAUGGCUAUAAAGCUAAAUUACGUUACGAAGGAUAUGAGAAUGAUGAAGCACACGACUUUUGGGUCAAUUUGUGUACAACGGAAGUUCAUUCUGUUGGCUGGAGUGCGAUGCAAGGACGUCAAUUGAUUCCACCGAUGAAGAUCGAGGCAAGAAUAAAGAAUAUGAAGAAAUAUUUGCUCAAGUCUCUUCAUCAUGCAAAGACGCUUCCUGGAAACUUUUACAAUAAACUUUCUGAUAGCUUCCGUUCAAGAUUUGAAGUAGGCCUAAUUCUUGAAGUUGUCGAUAAAAACUGCAUAUCACAAGUCAAGCUGGCAAGAAUUAUGAAAAUCGUUGGAAAAAGACUAUACGUGCAGUAUUUCGACUCCUCAGAUCCAGACUCUGGAUUUUGGUGCCAUGAAGAUUCCCCACUGAUUCAUCCUGUCGGUUGGGCCACAACUGUUGGUCAUAAACUCAGUGCGCCACAAGAUUACAUCGAUAGAAUGAACCUUGCACGUGAGAGAAUUUUAGAUCCAAACGACGACGAUGCUACAAUGGAUCUCUUUAAAUUGAACUUCCUAUACGAAGAAUAUUUCGAUUCCACACGCGAUGAUAAAGUGACAGCUUUCUGUGAAGGGAUGAAAUUGGAAGCAAUCGAUCCACUUAACUUGUCGUCAAUCUGUGUAGCGACUGUUAUGGAAGUUCUUAAAUUUGGUUACAUGAUGAUUAGAAUUGAUUCAUAUGCGCCUGAUGUGACGGGCUCAGAUUGGUUCUGUUAUCAUGAAAAAUCACCGUGUAUAUUUCCUGUUGGCUUUUGUAAGGCUAAUGGAAUUCAAUUGACACCUCCACAUGGUUAUACAACAAGCAAUUUUAAUUGGAAUACAUAUCUUGCCGAGACAAAGUCUAUUCCAGCGAUGGAUCAAGUGUUUCAUCGGUUCUCAUCUAAUCAUGGCUUUAAGGUCGGUAUGAAAGUAGAGUGCGCUGAUUUGAUGGAUCCUCGAUUAGUUUGUGUAGCAACAGUAUCGCGAGUUGUUGGACGAUUAUUGAAAAUACACUUUGAUGGAUGGGAUGAUGAGUACGAUCAAUGGCUGGAUUGUGAAUCACCUGAUAUUUAUCCUGUAGGAUGGUGUGUAACUGUUGGACAUAAAUUAGAAGGACCGCCUAAUGCAAAUGCAGGAAAGACUCAAUUGAUGCCAAUCAAAAUUGUACCUAAAGUGAAUGUAAAGAAGCAAACGAAAAAAGGACCUAAAAGGAAAUCUCUUUUAAAAGAGCAGCAACAUCAACAGCAGUCACACUUUGUUGUCAGUAAUGCUCAAAAACAGUAUACUGGACCUGUUGCAUCUACAAGUAUGCCGAGCCUUCCGAUUACCUUUAUCAAAACAGAUUCUGACAAUACUUAUACAAUCAAACAAGUACCACAUCCGCAACAACAACAGCAAAAUCUGUACGGUGGAUCUAUCCUCAAACAGGAACCGUCUGAGAAUAGUAUUAUAAAUAAUUUCAAAAAUCUUCAGAAAAAUCUUGAGCUGAUAGAGCAGCAGCAUGUAGGAUAUCGAACUCAAACUGUGCAAGGAUAUGUUGAAGAGAGUGAUGAGGAUCAGAGUGGAAUUGCAAUGUUUGAUGGAGAAGACGAUGACGAUAUAACAUUAUCUCCUCUGGAAUGGGACUGUAAUGAUGUUAUAGAGUUUUUGAAGCGUAGUAACUGUAGUCAACAUUGUGAAUUAUUUAUGAAGAAUAAGAUUGAUGGGAAGAAACUUUUGCAAUUGACACAGACUGAAAUAAUACAAUUGCUCGGCAUGAAAGUUGGUCCUGCAAUAAAAGUGUACGACCUGAUACAACAAAUUAAAGUGAAAGUUGCGCCAUUCAUGCAUGCGCCAAUGAAAUGAAAAGUGAUUAACUUUAAAUCCACAAAUUUAUUGGUGAUGAACAUAUUUUUAUUUCAAAUACGAUAAUAUUAAUAAAUGAGGGAUGAAAAUGUCUGUUUGGAAAUCAAACAAUCGGAAAAAAAGUUUAAGGAAUAAUUAAAAAUAAUAGUGACUCCAAUUUCAAUUUGUUUUCUUUCUGAAUUUCCAAGGAUUUUUAUUUUAUAAUUUUUCGCAUUAAUAUUGAGUAAUUAAGCUGAAAAUAAUUUUUUAUCAUAAGAAUAAAUUAGUAUGUUUUGAUCGUUUUUGUAUCGCUGUAUAAGCUUAACAUUUUAAAACAAAGAAUAAUAAUAUGAAGGAUUGAUUUUCUUUGCGCUUAACUCAAAUGUCUAAUUUCAUAUUGAUUCAUUUGGGAAUUUUAUUAGGAUUUAAACAUAAUUUUUUUUUAAGUUUCAAAUUUAGAAAGGAACCGCCAUAAAUCAAUUAUAAUUAAAGUAUAAAGAUUUAAUGUGAAAUGAAAGCAAUUUUCAUCUUUCGAUCAUGUCUUACUUGAAUGAUUGACGCAUUUUCUUAUCUGAUUUUUUUUUAAAUUUAUAUAUUGUAUUAAAUUGUGUUUGUUCAUCCUUCCUAUAUUUUAUUUAAGUAAAUAUAGACUUUAAAAAUAAUUAUGAGUUUUUUUUGUGUUAAUUUCCAAAUCUACAAUCAAGAUACAUGGAUGUGCAUGAGAGUACAUCUACAUAUCUUUUAUACAGCCUUAAUUGUUUAAAGAAAAUUUAUGAAAAUGCGUUAAAUAACAUCACAAUAAGAUAACAUCAAGUCACGUCAUUAUUUCUGAAUUCAGUAGAACUUUUUCCAUACAAAAACCUAGAAACUAAUGUGAGACAAAGACAAAUGCUCCAAAAUGAAUUUUUGAUGUGGAAAAAGAUGAAAAUAUUUCGAUAGAAUGACAAAGAUAAAUUCUUUCAUUUCAUUAAUGAAUGCAAGUACCAAAAAAAAAAAGAAGAAGAUAAUAAAAUAUGAGAAAAGUUUGUACAACACAAACUAUAAUGAUAAUAAAAAUAAUAAUUAUGACUAGUGUUUUCAUACGAGAUGUAUUGGCAAACGUGAAAACACAAAAAGAAGCAUAAGAAAAAAAGAAGAAAAAAAAACAAUACAAUUAAAAUUAAUUGAAUUAAUCAGGGAAAAUAUAAUAUUAAUGCCGAGUCACAAUCCAAAAAUUAAGAGAGAAAGAGAGAAAAAAAAAUAUAAUUUGAGAUAAGAAUGAAGAAAAUCUUUAUAAACAUACAGAUUAUAGAUAUUCACCAAGUUCAUAUACGAAAUUAACUAGAAAUUAUUUUUUGCCAUUUAAUAAGAAUAAAAAGAGGAUAUCCAAGACAUGAAGAAAUAGGAAAAACAAUUACAGUGGAUGAAAAUCUUAUUGGCGUUUACUGACGGUUUAAGUGGGAUUUCGUUACUAAUUCUCCUCCUUCCAUCUGUUCUCCAACAAAAACACACAAAAAGAAAAUAGACAUAGAAAGAAAGCAUAAACAUAAAGGAAUUAUGGAAAUUGCAGAGUAAUUUUUAUAUAGUUAAUAAAGAAUCUAAAUAUAUAUACACAAUUUAUUUAAGAUAUGCUGAUCAGACAAUUGCAGAUUAAUUCAAACACAUACGCAAAAAAUAAAACUAAAGACAGAUUUUUCUCAUUCUCCUUCAUCAACUGUAUAUGUACCAUAACAUGAAAAGAUUAAUUUAGUGAUUAGUUGGCAAAUUUAUUCGUUUUCAUAUAUUUAUAAUAAUGAAGUGAAAAUAAACAAGGCUGGAAGUAAGGAAUAAGAAGAAAGGAUACCGAGUGACACUUUAGAUUUUUGUGGAUUUCAUUAGCUUAGCUAAUGAAUUAUGAUGUCUUUAUACCGCGUCAAAUUGAUUGUAGGACUUAGUGG